AUGGAAAAUCAGAACAAUGUCACAGAAUUUGUUUUCAUAGGGCUGUGGGAAAAUAAACAAAUAGAGCUCAUUUUUCUGUUUUUAUUCCUGCUCUGUUACCUGGCUGUCUUGAUGGGGAACUUCAUCAUCCUAUUCACUAUCACUUGCAGCCAUCUAAUCCAACAGCCCAUGUAUUACUUUCUCUGCCACCUUUCCUUCAUGGACCUCUGCUACACCUCCACCGUGAUCCCCAGGCUAAUCCGGGACCUAGCUGCAGCAAGAAAAAACAUCUCCUAUAACAACUGCAUGGCCCAGCUCUUCACUUCCCACUUGUUGGCAGGUGUGGAAAUAUUCAUCUUAGUGUCCAUGGCUUUUGACCGCUACGUGGCCAUAGUCAAGCCCCUGCACUACAUGGUGAUCAUGAACCGGCACAGGUGUAACCUGUUGAUUGUCAUGGCCUGGAUUGUGGGUUUCUGGCAUGCUAUCGCUCUCCUGCUUGUGAUUCUGCAUUUGCCUUUCUGUGGCCCUAAUCAGAUAGAUCACUACAUAUGUGACGUGAAGCCUCUGUUGAAAUUGGUAUGUAAAGAUAUUCGUGUUGUUAAUAUCUUAAUGAUUGCAAAUUCAGGGAUCGUGGUGGUUGUGGUUUUCGUGGUGCUAGUAGUUUCUUACAUACUCAUACUAUAUCAUCUGAGGACACACUCCUCCGCAGGGCGGCGAAAAGCUCUCUCAACCUGUAGUUCUCAUAUAAUGGUUGUGGUUUUAUUCUUUGUGCCCUGUAUCUAUAUCUAUAUUCUACCUCCAGGGAGUGAGAACAAGGAUAAGGAAAUCUCAGUGUUUUACACUGUGAUUGCCCCCAUGCUUAAUCCUCUCAUCUAUACCCUGAGAAAUGUGGAGAUGAAAAUCACCAUUCAAAAGAUAUGGUCUAAGACAACACAUGCAGAAUUUAAGUAA